UAAGGCACACUGAUAGCAGAGCAAUCAGCAUCAAGCGUGGACUCACCGUGAGCACAGGCUCUGCUGCCAGCUCCCUGAGGUACCAAGGGAGCGAGGAUGGAGGAAGGAAUGAACGUUCUCCACGACUUGGGGAUCCAGUCAACCCGCUACCUUCAAGAGAAUUAUGCAGACUCCCAGGACUGGUUCAUCUUAGUGUCAGUGCUCGCUGAUCUCAGGAAUGCCUUCUAUGUCCUCUUCCCCGUCUGGUUUCAUAUUCGAGAGACUGUGGGCAUCAACCUCCUCUGGGUGGCAGUGGUUGGAGACUGGAUCAACCUCGUCUUUAAGUGGAUUCUUUUUGGACAGCGCCCAUACUGGUGGGUCCUGGACACGGACUACUACAGCAACACCUCGGUGCCCCUGAUAAAGCAGUUCCCUGUCACCUGUGAGACUGGACCAGGGAGUCCUUCUGGCCAUGCCAUGGGCGCAGCAGGUGUCUAUUACGUGAUGGUCACUUCUGCCUUGGCCAUACUUCGUGGAAAGAAAAAGCCAACAUUUGGAUUCCGGUGUCUGAAGGUCGUCUUGUGGUUGGGAUACUGGGCUGUGCAGCUGAAUGUCUGUCUGUCCCGGAUCUACCUUGCGGCUCACUUUCCCCACCAGGUUGUGGCUGGAGUCUUGUCAGGCAUUGCUGUGGCUAAAACUUUCAGCCACAUCCGGAGCAUCUACAAUGCCAGCCUCAAGAAGUACUGUUUGAUCACCUUCUUCCUCUUCGGUUUCGCGCUCGGAUUUUACGUGCUGCUAAAAGGGCUGGGGGUGGACCUCCUGUGGACUUUGGAGAAAGCCAAGAGAUGGUGUCAGCGGCCUGAAUGGGUCCACCUCGACACCACACCGUUUGCCAGCCUCUUCAAGAACCUGGGGACCCUCUUUGGGUUGGGGCUGGCCCUCAACUCCAGCAUGUACCGGGAGAGCUGCAAGGGAGAGCUCAGCAGGUCGCUCCCGUUCCGCCUUGCCUGCAUCGCGUCUUCCUUGGUCCUCCUGCACCUCUUCGACACUCUGAAACCCCCGUCCCAGAAUGAGCUGAUCUUCUAUGCUCUGUCUUUCUGCAAGAGUGCGGCAGUUCCCUUUGCAUCUGUGAGCCUUAUCCCCUACUGUCUAGCCCGGGUUCUGGGCCAGACUCACAAGAAGUCUUUGUAAGGCGUGGGGAGUCUUUGGUAUUUAAAGUCAAUGACCAUGCAAAGGAUUGGGGGCUACCAAGGCCAGAGGUGUUCACACAGCCCUGGUAACCCUGUCUUUCUUUGCUAUCUUAACCAAAUGCUCCAGGGCUGUUUGAGAAACCCUUGAGAGCUAGAAGUUGGGUUAUUCUGGGAUUUUCCCUGAAAACCCAUUUGCCAUUCUCCCAUCAGAUAUAGAAGAGCAAGCCCGGGCCGGAGAUCCUGACUGAGAAUUCUCUCCCUGUGCAGAAUCCUCCCAGCUGGGAGAAGGGCGCAGUGCAUUUGCUAGGAAGAGAAAGAAGGAGGAGGCGGGGAAGUGUUGUGUGCAUGAGCAAACCACAGGCCAGCCCGGGUCUAAAAGGCUUCAGUUCCGUCUGAGUCUUUAGACAACAGGACACGCUUGAUAAUGGUAGACCAACUUCAAGUGUGAUGAGCAGCCAGCUAAAGGCAGCAGCUCUGCUUCCGGCUUUUCUGGUGCUUGAGUUCCUGGAUGGCCGUGGUCACUGCACGAGUCAGAACGUUCAGGCGUCACCAAUUUCUCUGUCUCAUCACGUCUGUCUCCUCAGUCUGCAUCUGCAGUCCCUUGAAUCCUCCACCGGUUCCCUGCGCCUGAGGCUGGACCCUCAGAUGUCCAGCAGGCGACUAUGUGGUGGUGCUUUUUUGUAGGGUUAAGUUAAACUCUGAAAUCUUGAGCAACAGGGCGAGGGAGAGCCAGGAUGCCUCUCUCCAGAAGGUCACUCCGAUGUUACUUUUGAUUCCUGGAGCAGAAACAGGACUCCUUUCUCUAGCCCACGCCAGCCAAGAACUCAUUCUUAGAGGAACAGCCAGCUCCAGCCUUCUCUGAUCUGCAGAGUAUAAUUUCAAAAAGAAAAAAUGCUGUAGCUAUUUAUUCAAAAUUCCUUUUUUUGCUAUGAAUUCUCACCUACACCAAGCGCCCUGUUCCUAACAUCAUUGAUAAGAAAACUACAUGUGUGCAGUAUUUUAUUAAAGCAACAUUUUAUUUAAGAAUGGAA